CGUCUCUGUCACACAGCCGGUUCGCUCCUCUCAGAUACCGCUGGCGGCUCUCUGGGUUUGUUUAGGUUAAGAUUGCCCAUUCCCAGGAAGCAGUUUCACAAACACUAAUGGAUGGGACACCACAACGAAUACAGAUUGUCCCUGCAGAUUCAGGCCUCUCUUUACCACAACGUAUACAGAUUGUCACAGAUCAGCAGACGGGCCAGAAGAUUCAGAUUGUUACAGCACUUGAUCAGAACACACCAGGCAAGCAGUUCAUCUUAACAAAUCAUGAUGGCUCUACCCCAAGCAAGGUGAUCCUUGCCAGACAAGAUUCCACUCCAAGAAAAGUUAUCCUGGCAACUCCAGAUGCUGCAGGUGUCAACCAACUGUUUCUUGCAUCCCCUGAUAUAUCUGCACAACACAUCCAGAUUUUAACAGACAACUCCCACAGUGAACAGGGCCUAAAUAAAGUGUUUGAUCUGUGUGUUGUAUGUGGAGACAAGGCAUCAGGGCGUCACUAUGGAGCAGUAACUUGUGAGGGAUGCAAGGGGUUCUUUAAAAGGAGCAUACGGAAGAAUUUAGUUUAUUCAUGCCGAGGAGCAAAAAAUUGUGUCAUUAACAAACGCCACCGGAAUCGCUGUCAGUACUGUAGGCUGCAGAGAUGCAUCGCGUUUGGGAUGAAACAAGACUCUGUGCAGUGUGAGAGGAAACCUAUUGAAGUGUCAAGAGAAAAAUCUUCAAACUGUGCAGCUUCCACAGAAAAGAUCUACAUUCGGAAAGAUCUUCGUAGUCCAUUAGCAGCAACUCCAACUUUUAUAACAGACAAUGAAACAGCAAGAUCAACAGGUCUGCUGGAAUCAGGAAUGUUGGUUAACAUUCAUCAGUCUGCAAUAAAAACUGAGCCUACUGUAAUGAUGACUCCAGAAAAGGUUGAAGCAUGUCAGGGAGAUCUAAGUACACUGGCAAACGUGGUGACUUCAUUAGCAAAUCUCAGUAAAUGCAAAGACAUGUCACAAAGUAGUACAGACCUAUCUAUGAUUGAGAGCUUAAGUAACGGAGAUGCAUCAUUAUCUGAACUCAAGCAAGACGAACAAGCUAGUACUGAUGUUUCAAGGGCAUUUGAUACUCUUGCAAAAGCAUUAAAUCCAGGGGAGAGUGCAGCAUGCCAGAACUCAGAAAGUAUUGAGGCCAAUGUACAGCUAAUUGGUGGAGAAUCAAGCCUGAAUAUCGUUGAAAUAGAAGGACCACUCCUCAGUGAUGCACAUGUAGCAUUCAGGCUUACCAUGCCUUCUCCUAUGCCUGAAUAUCUGAACGUUCACUAUAUCUGUGAGUCUGCCUCCAGGCUGCUUUUCUUGUCCAUGCACUGGGCACGUUCUAUUCCAUCUUUCCAAGCAUUAGGGCAGGACAACAGCAUAUCAUUAGUAAAAGCCUGCUGGAACGAACUUUUCACGCUUGGUCUUGCACAGUGCUCACAAGUUAUGAAUGUGGCAACUAUAUUAGCUGCAUUUGUUAAUCACCUUCAUGGCAGCUUACAGCAAGAUAAGCUGCCAACAGACAGAGGAAAACUAGUAAUGGAGCAUAUCUUCAAAUUGCAAGAGUUCUGCAACAGCAUGGUUAAGCUGUGCCUAGAUGGAUAUGAAUACGCAUAUUUGAAAGCAAUCGUCCUCUUCAGUCCUGAUCAUCCAGGUCUAGAAAAUGUGGUACAGAUCGAGAAAUUUCAAGAAAGAGCUUACAUGGAGUUCCAAGACUAUGUAACAAAAGCAUAUCCGGAUGAUACUUACAGACUGUCUAGACUUCUUCUCAGAUUGCCUGCUCUGAGGCUGAUGAGUGCUGCCAUCACUGAAGAGCUGUUCUUUGCAGGACUAAUUGGCAACGUUCAGAUUGACAGCAUCAUCCCAUAUAUUCUGCGAAUGGAGACAACGGACUACAACUCUCAGAUAGUCAGUCAUACCAUAUAAAAGUACCAGUCAAGUAUUCCGUACCAUGGCAGUCAUGGUGAUGUAAAUGCAUACCCUGUCUCCAAGAGAUGGCAAUAAGCCUUCCCAUGCACCUUUUCAAAGAAGGCUAAUAUUCCUCCUUUCCAGUACACUUGGGAAACAUGAUGGCGUGUAUUAAGGUAUAUAGGAUCACUUCCUAUGUUUCAACUGAUCUUCAAGGACUUGUAAAUUUACUUGGUAUCUGAAGAAGGUCAAGAAUUGUCCAUCCUAUUUUUAUAGAUAGAUGAACUUGGAAUAUUUGUUUAUGAAGUCCAGGCUUGUGAAGAAACUGAAGAACUAAGGUAUCUUAACUUAGUUUGAUAGUUUAGAGAAAUAAAUUAACUUUCCUCUCUGAGUUGUGUUUUCAUUGUUUUGCUACUAGUUCUUUCUUACUGGUCAAAUGGAAAAUACAUGAGCAAACAUCCUGAAGAGGUCAGGGUUUCCGUGGCAACAAGACUGUUAUAACCAAACUUAAGUUUUCCAUUUGUUUUAAAGAGAGAUUUGUUUCUUGUUGAAAGAAAUGCUGGGCAGUAGAGAACUCUGGAAAUGCUGGAAAGUACAGAAAGUUCACAUUUUAAAUUACGUUGAUGAGAGGUUGCUGCAGUUGAUCAAUACUGACUUUUGUGGGUGCAGUGGAAUACUGUGUUGUAAUACUACCUCUUGGUAGACAUCAGCUGUUUUAUACUAUGGAAAACUAACAGAAAAGUAUAUACUGCAGGUAUUCAAAGGCAGCAUCAUCGUGCUUUUUCUAGUCUUAGAAGUUAAAGCUUUUUCAUGCUACCAGUUCCUCUGUCGUACUUGGUGCACAACAGUCUAGUUGCCUCUUGUGUUCAUGUCUUAAUUUUUUUAAAUAUUGUUAGCCUUCGGCUAUGCAGUUUUCUUUUCCAACCAAUCUUGUAUGCUUAUUGUUUAAAUUUGAGUUUGUCAAAUUCAGUGCCCCUCCCUUGUGAGCAUGGUCUCAGCUGCUUUUCCUCUCCUUAUUAGAAAGGGGUCUAGAUCUUCAUAUAUGUUGCCUGAAUCAUACAUACUUCAUAGCUCCAUCUAAGGAUUUUUUUUUCUAUCCUGAGGCAUGUGCCUCACUGACAAAUAACACUGACAUACAGUUGCAUCUUACUUCACUUUUCAGUGGGCCUUUAUACAUCCCUAGCACAUUUAAUAGUUGUUGCUUAAAAUAAAAAUUAUCGUAGUAGAAGUAGUGGUCUACCUCUGAUGCUAGAAUUCAGGAUUAUAUAAAUCUUGGAUAAAGGUUGAGUUCUAUUUAUCACAAAUCUUCUCUUUCUCCAGCAACACUGGGUGAGGAAGAGCCUCAGCAACACACAUAUGCUGGCACCAGGAAUUGUUCAGCCAAAAGAUCAUCUUAAACAGGGGCCUUUGCCCACUCUGCACCAGCAGGUCCAAGGCCACCCUAACACCAGGAGACUACUAGAUGAGGCUUCGGUAGUUUUUCUCAGCACCUGAGGAACUCAGCCAGCCAAAAAGAAUUGGAGAACUGCCUCUGACACUGACUUUCUGUGUUCUUUUCAAUUCCACUACCUGAGCUGUUUGGAUCUUCUUCCACCCAAGUUAUGUAAUUUGAGGCUUUACUACAGGAUUGGUCACAGCUAGCACCACAGGCAAAGCACUCACUGCAGAGGACCCCUGAUGGGAUGGCACCAUCCUCCCUGCUCUGCCCUGGCAUUUACUGACUUGCUGGAGUACUGACCUGCCUUCAGUGUCAGAGCUGGCUGUGUCUGCUGAGCUCUUCCCACAUUCUACCUUUCAAAGGAUGCAAGAUUCAAGCUCUUCAUCAGGGUCCCCUUGGAGAGCAAUGUGAGGACUAUUGGGUCUUGGGAGGUAUGCAUCUCAUCAGCAGGGUUUUUGGUUAUAUGAAAGAGUUGCUGCCGAUAUGCCAUGCUUGUUCUCAUCCCAAGCGUUAGAGGCCCAGCUUGCCAUCAGUAGGACCAAGUUGCAUAUGGGAGGUGUAUAACUCUUCAUCUCUCCUUGGAAGUUCUGACCCUAUUUGCUAGCGCUUUGCUGUCCUUGACCCACUUCUGGCACUAAUAGUCAUGGGAGAUUUACAGUCCUCUGUGUUAAACCUUUUAAGGAAGCUGACGGCACAUUAUUCCUGAAUAUUUUGGAAGUGGUUUCCCAGGCAUUCUAAAAAUCUUAGAAGAGUUUUACUCCAGUAUUCUCCACACUCAUGUAACCCAGAUAAUAGUAAGACGGAAGUAAAAUCUUGUUUCCCUUUUAAAUGCAAUACAUUAUGCAAAUCUCUCUCCCAUCCUUACAGAAAUCUUUUACUCCAUUGCUUGAGCUUCAGUUGUUAUACAGAGUUCUUGGUUUACAGCUGGUCAAAAGAUUUGGUUCACACAGCCUCUUGCAUAUGGGACCGUCCAGUUUCAGAGACAAACUGAGAAAACACAAGUCUUUCUACAGACGUUAGUCUUCAGUGACUGAAUCCUUCGGCUCAUUCCUCUUUAUCAUAGAACAGUCCAGGUUGGAAGGGACCUGAAAAGAUCAUCCAGUGCAACCUUUCAUGGAAAAGGGAGCCUAGAUGAGGUUAUCUAGUACUCUGUCCAGUCACAUCUUGGAAGCUUCCACUGGUGGGGACUCCACUGCAUCCCUGGGGAGGUUGUUGCCAUUACUGUUUGUUCUCAGCAUAAGCAAAUUCUUUCUUACAUCCAGAUCUCCCAAGAUUUUCCAAAGAUUAUAGACAGUUGCCUUGCACCAAUGUCAGACAUGUAAUACCUUAGGGUGGAUUUCUUCUGGGCCCAGGGAUUUGUGUGUGUUGAGCCCUUGCAAGAGACUGCAGACCAGUCCUUCCUCCACUGCUGGUGGGUCAUAGCUAUUUGAUCCUGUGCUCUGUGGUCCAGCUCUGCUGGUAAAGACAGGCAAAGAAGAUGCUGAGAACCUCUGCCUUGUCAGCAUGACCACUGAGUAUUUUCCCUGCCCUGUUAGGCAACAGGUCUGCAUCUUCCCUGUGCUUCUGCUUACUGCUCAUACAUAUCUGAAGAACCCUUUUUUCUUGUUCUCGACAUCUUUGGCCAAUUUCAGUUCUAGCUGAGCCCUGGCCUUCCUGACCACAUCUCUGCAUACCCUAGCAAGGUUCUUUUAAUCCCUGAUGAGUAUUUAGCUGCUUUCCAUAGGUGGUAUGCUGGGUUUUUGCCUUUUUUUUUCUUUCCUUUUUUUGUCAGAGUGCUGUUUUGGAUGAGAUGACCUCAGAACCUUAUUUUCUCUGGAUUUCUGUUCUUGCUUCCUCUUUGUGCCCUAGUCUGUUUGCAUAUAAGUUAGCCUACUUCAAUAACGUGUGCCCUGCCAUUCCUACUAAUUGCUGGGUUGUGACUACUUUCCUAGGAUGUGUUAAAAGCAGAAGAACCUUGGUCAUGUUUCCCAUCAGGUUGUUUAAAUUCAGGUGUUUGUUGGGCAAAAAAACACAUUUUAUGAUUCCGGAUACCUCUGACAUUUGGACCUCCACAAAGCAACUGUGCACAGACAGCACAUUGCAAAGAGCUCUGGCUACUGGUAAGUUAACCUUUUAUCCAAAACGUUUUCUUGCAUUUCUUCAUAAUAAUACUAAAUUUUCAUCCUACGUUCAGUAUUGACUUAAAGGUAGGGUGCAGCUGCUCUAUGCUGCCUGACAAGUAAUCUUUCUCAUCUUCAUGACGAGCUAGAAGCUGGAUCCCAUACUGCAGGUUGUUGCUUCAGUGUUACUCACUUUGCUUAUGAAGAUUUUUCAUUAAUCAUUUAUAAAUCAUUAAUCAUUCUUAAGCUAUAAAUUCAUGCUUUUGAUAAGGAAUGAGACGUAACUGGGUUUUCUCAGGAAUGGGAGCUUUAAAACAGGUAAAUUAAUACAGGGAUAAACAUGUUUCUUCCUUAUUUCUGGAUGUUAAGCACUGCAGUCAUCUAAGAAUAAUGCAACAGCUUAUGGGAAGGCGAAACACAAGUUCUGGUUUUGUUGGUUUACUUUUUUAAGAUAACUGCUGCUCAGUUAAAUGGAGCAUAUUGUUAUCUUCAUCUCAGACCUUCAGUGUUUCCAACACCUAUUUUUUGUGCUGACUUGAUCUCACAUUACUUGAUCUCACAUUACCCCCUGUAUGAUUUAUUGUCAAUUCUAGCCUUGUGAAUUAAUGUUCUUUGCUCCUAGAUGAAAGGCUGGCUAAUAUUGCUGGUUUCCUUCCUGUGCCUGAGUAACAUUGUUAAUCAGCUAACAAAAAAUGUGAAUAUUAAAGUUCACUUCAUCAUGGAUAUUAAAAUAUCUCAUUAUUUUUGUGACCUUUUCAUGUUUGAUUUAUUUUUCAACUUUUUGAUCUUCAGCAGUCUGACAGUUUUCAAAACCAUCAGGAUUUAACCAGGCUGUCACGUUCACUAGCCAAAAAAUUAAAAGUCGCUCUGACAACAGAAGGACAAGUUUAGUUUCAGCAACUUUAAAUUUGUCAAUGUUCAAAGCAAGAAAAAUCAUUUACAUAUAAAUCACAUGAAAGACAUGACAAUUUUAUACUUUUCAGAAGAAUCCUGUCUUGUAAAGAUGGGAGUGAUGCUACACACAUAAUAAGCUUACUAGUUCAAACAUUCUUUAUGGAAGUGUAUGUUGUACAUAAACCCAUGGGUUUAGGUUGCUUGUUUCAUACUGGUUAAGUUCCUGGUGCAAAUAACUUAUAUUUUAAACUUCUCAGAGGUACACUUAUUGCAGUACUUUCUGCAGUUAAAACCUUACCUGUCCAUACAGUUACUGUCUUUGUGUGUUCUCCAGUGUGGGUGAAAGUCAAUCUGUUCCUUUUGAAACCAGUCUGGUUUGUUCAGUGGUGGCAGUUUGCAAGUACGGCCACUUCAGUGUAAGCACUACAACAUCACUGUAAUUGUCUUGCUGUUGUAUUAAAACAAAAUCACUGUGGAUGUCUUGAAAGCUGCCUAAAUUUGUAAAUUCUAUUUUGGCUGUAUUUUUUAAAAUAAACUGCAAGUUUCUAUUCUAGAAAACAGUGGCAAUAACCUAUUACUUAAUGUUUUAUAUGGAUUGAAUGACACACCUAAACCAGUGUAUAUAUGAUUACAAAGAGUUUGUGGAUCUUUUACACUUUUAUUACACAGUGUAGUAUUGUCGCUUGUAUUCAGUCUCUGGGAUUUGUGACAGCUGCAGUAUCUUACUGUUUGCUCCUCUUUGCUGCUAUUAACCUUUUGUUUCCAUGCUUACUACUUUCUGCCCUAUGAAUUUGAAAACCUAGUAAUUGUAAAGUUUAAUUUACCAUUUUUUUCUUUUGAAAACACUCCAUAGAAAUAUGUAUUGUAAUGAACCCUGAUCAAAUAUCUUCAUGUUAUAUCAUGCAAUAAUGUAUAUUUGAGUAUGAUUAUUUGAUUCAUUAUGGAGCAGUUUUUAGGUUGGAAGUUAGGGUAUGAUGGAACACAGGUUUUUCCUUUUGAAAGAAAUACAGCUUUAAUUAUCUCA